AUGAAUCGCAGAGAUUCAUGUGAUAAUGCAGUGACGCACUGUAAUAUGAUACUCUGUCAAACGGGUGCUCUUCAGGUAGCGUAUGAUGAAGAUCGACAAUGGAUGGUUGGGAAUGCCCUGCUAGUGAAGCCAAUCGUUGAGCCAAGACCUGUUCAAGCAUCGUUGUACCUCCCAGGAAAACGAGAGAUUUGGUACGAUUGGGAAACAUCGAAAGCACGACCAUCACCCGGCGCCGUCCAAUCGCCGGCUACUUUGACAUCUAUCCCGCUGUACCAAAGAGGAGCAUGCAAGACAAUACCUUGA